UUUAGGCAAAUUGCGUCCCCCUAAGACUAGAGGAUGUCUAUGUCAUCGGCGCUUGAAUAUAAAGUGCCAACCCGCAAUUAGCUUGUACUUGAGCCAUAGAACGUGUAUUGGAUUCAUAUAGAACUCGGCCUGUCUUGCAUAGAAUAAUGCCUAACAACCGGUAUCUGGGUACUACUACCGGACGCAGUUAUAUUUAAUCUCUAGUUGCCCCCCCUAAGCUCUCCUAACCCUUCUUCUUCCCCCGAGGAACCUGAGAGUCGACUCACCUUCAAUCUAUCAAAGAGUUUUCGAAAUGAAGUCCGCCGUUGCCGCUCUCGCCCUCUCUACGCUCGCAGCUACUGCUGCUGGGCACGCCACCUUCCAAGAGCUAUGGGUUGCUGGAAAGGAUGAACAGUCUACUUGCGCUAGACUUCCCGCAAACAAUAAUCCUGUCACUAGUGUGACCUCCAACGAUAUCCGCUGUAACGUUGGAGGCACUAAAGCUGCUGCCGCCAAGUGCACCGUAGCUGCCGGUGACACCGUGACGGUAGAGAUGCACCAGCAGCCCGGUGACCGUGACUGCUCCAGGGAAGCUCUUGGCGGAAACCACUUCGGCCCCGUCAUAGCAUACCUGAGCAAGGUGUCGGAUGCUGCUUCGGCCGACGGAUCCUCGUCUUGGUUCAAGAUCUUCGAGGUCGGCUACGACCCUGCCACCAAGACCUGGGGUAACGACAUCCUCAACAAGGGCUGCGGCAAGCAAGACGUCAAGAUCCCGUCUGACAUCGCCCCUGGCGACUACCUCCUCCGUGCCGAAACCAUAGCGCUUCACACCGCAAGUCAGGCCGGCGGCGCGCAGUUCUACAUGACCUGCUACCAAAUUACGGUCACUGGUGGAGGCUCUGCUAACCCACCUGGAGUGAAGUUCCCUGGUGCGUACAGCGCCAACGACCCUGGCAUCAAGGUCGAUAUCUGGGGCAACGGCUUCACCGAGUACAAGAUUCCCGGCCCGGCUGUGUACAAGGGUUAGGUUUCAACACCAAAGGCAAAGAGGUGCUGUUUCAAUAAGACACAGGCAUGAUCAUGGUGUCGUAGCGAGCAUUUAGUUGCAUUGUUAAUUACCUAUGUAAAGAUGUUUUUGAAGCAUUAGAUCGUGGAACAAUAUAUACUUCGUUGCCUUAAGAG